AAAAGGCACACACUUUUUUUUUGUUUUAUUAUAAAGAAACUAUGUUUCUGCAGCCAUAACAAAAACGAACGAACAAAUUAUAAUACAAAAUGACGGUCGAGGAAAAAGAAUGUGUUAAAGUGAUAAUUAAAGAGGAACCUAUUCUUAAAACGAUCGAAUUGAAUGACAUUGGUUUUCUUGAUCAAAAGCCAGUGGUUGUCAAAUGUCCUGCCUGUGAAGUCGAAGCACUCAGUUCGGUACGUUUGGAAGCAGUUACUUGCCUGCAGCGGUUCCUCAACGUUACCAAACUGUGUAAAAAUUGGCAACGUCGCACCGAUAUCAAUCAUUAUUGCAGCAAUUGUGGUUGCUACAUUGGCCGUUAUGUACCGAUAAAUUGCAGCGAACGUUGUAUAUCACGCAGCGCACGCAAGAUGGCUGCGAGUGAUAGUAUGUCACUGAAGACACCACCGAAGGACUGUGCGGCGAAAGUGCAAAAAUCUCGUGAGAAAGUGAAAGCGAAACGCGCCGCGGCGAAAGCUGAGAAACAAGCAGCUAAAGCCACCAAUGCACCAACAACAACAGUUGUACAAGAGGAAGUCAAGUGAUGCAGUGGUAGAGGGACUAGCAGGAGAUGUUUGACUAAAUAGAAAAAAUUAUAAAUAUAAUUAUAUUAUUAUAUUAUAUUAUACUUUUAAUAACUCAUAAAACAGUAGACU